AGAUCUCAUUAUCAUUUAUAUUGAUACUUAUAAAACUUUCAUUAUAGUUUAUGUUAACACUCAUAAAACUCUUAUUAUUAUUUACGCCAAAAUCAUUAUCAAUAUUGAAAAAUCCAAAUUAUCCAUAGCUAACAGUGAGGUACCCAAGAGAAUAUUAAUUUACAAAAAAGAAACUGACAAAAAAUUAGUAACAGAAAUAGAAGCGAUAACAAUUUAUAAAACACGUAACUUAGAAAGAAAAAAGGUAUUAAAAAAAGACGAUAUAAAGAAAAAUGCUAGAGAAAGAAGAUAA